GCCGUGUUCUCUAGCAGCGCUUUACGGCUACAGGUGUCCCAUGCGCGCUGGAGGUCCGCUGAGAAUGGCGACCCCUUUCCUAUGGAGAGUCGUUGGAUUCACCCAGAGGUACCGGGGCAGACUCCUGGCCGUGGCGUCCGCCGGACUCUUCUCCGCCAGCAUUUCCUACCACGUGUUCCCCGAGCAGACGUUCCGGAAGCUUUAUCAGGGAUGGUCCAAAGGGGAGCCGGUGCAGCUCAGCGCCGGACUGCGGAGUCUCUUCCGGGAGGUUCUACAGGAAGCCCAAAUAACAUCCGCCUCGGGGUACCGGCCCUUCGCGGCCUUUGGGUUUCAACCCGUCGGUGCCGGCCUCCCCUGGCUCCCCGGGGGCUGUUUGAUUGGCAUUCCGGCCAACUAUAACACCUCGGCGGCGGGUAACAGAGUUGGGAUCGCAGAUCGCGUCCUGAUGGUUAACGGAAAGCAGGUGGAUUGGAGAAGCGAGGAAGGAGAACGUUUAAAAGACGCCCUGAUUUUAUCUCCCGCCGCCCAGAAGUUCUCUUUGGCCCGGGAAGCGCUUUAUUCCCAGAGCAACGGCCCCGUUAUAAAAGCCGUCGUGGCCCCUUUCUGCUUCUCCGGCGUCUGUCUUUCCAGCGUUGCCAUAAAGCAGCUCUUGGGUCUGUACACCGGGCCGAUCGUGGUACGGGGACUGUAUAACGCCUGCGUUAUUUUGCUCGGGAUCACCGGCUAUUUCUUGUGUGACGACGCGGUCACCCGGUGGCUGGAUUUCAGGACUGACCGGAAGGCAGCCGGUAUUAAUGAAUCGUAUGCCCGCGGCGGGCUGGAGUUCUAUGACAAAGUGCUAGCCCGUAAUAGGAUUCUGCGGGGUCUUAUGGGGGAGGAGGGGGAAAGAAUUUACGCCCCGAGUGGCAAUUUAUUUCCAAAACAUUAUCUGAGGCUGAAAUACACUCCUUACACCUCCCGACGAAAUCACAUACAGCAGGCUCUGGACACGCAGAAGGUGUAAGCGGCCGGUACCGGCAGCCUUAGCCGUGCGACCGGAAAUAAAGUAUAACGUUUUCAUAACGGG